UGCGAUCUGUUACGUCCUCCUCCUCCGUCUCUUCGGAGCCAGCAGCGGCGCAGGAGCUGCCGUAUCUCGUCUUUCACGGAGGAGAUCCCGAAAGCCGGAGUAACAGCUAAACCCCCAUACAGCCAUGGCAGAAAACGCCGGCUUAGAAAACCACCGCAUCAAGAGCUUUAAAAACAAGGGGCGUGAUGUCGAGACUAUGAGAAGACAUCGAAAUGAGGUGACAGUUGAGUUGAGAAAGAACAAACGAGACGAACAUUUACUGAAGAAGAGAAAUGUCCCGCAGGAGGAGAGUCUGGAGGACUCUGAUGUCGACUCAGACUUCAAAGGACAAAAUGUCACGCUUGAUGCCAUUCUACAGAACGCUACCAGCGAUAAUGCAGUUAUACAGCUCAGUGCUGUACAGGCAGCCAGAAAACUGCUCUCAAGUGACAGAAAUCCUCCCAUCGACGAUUUGAUAAAGUCUGGGAUCCUGCCCAUUUUAGUCAAAUGCCUGGAAAGGGAUGACAAUCCGUCGCUUCAGUUCGAGGCAGCUUGGGCUCUGACCAACAUUGCCUCUGGGACAUCAGCACAGACCCAGGCUGUGGUUAAAUCCAAUGCAGUGCCCUUGUUCUUGCGACUGCUACACUCUCCUCACCAGAACGUAUGUGAACAGGCUGUGUGGGCUUUAGGAAACAUUAUAGGUGAUGGCCCACAAUGCAGGGAUUAUGUCAUCUCUUUGGGCGUGGUCAAGCCCCUGCUUUCUUUCAUCAAUCCAUCAAUCCCCAUCACCUUCCUCCGUAAUGUUACCUGGGUCAUUGUUAACCUCUGCCGCAACAAGGAUCCACCCCCACCUAUGGAGACUGUGCAAGAGAUAUUGCCCGCCCUCUGUGUGCUAAUAUAUCACACUGACAUAAAUAUCCUAGUAGACACAGUGUGGGCUUUGUCCUAUCUGACGGACGGAGGCAACGAGCAGAUUCAGAUGGUCAUUGAUUCUGGAGUUGUUCCAUUUCUUGUGCCUCUCCUCAGCCAUCAGGAGGUGAAAGUUCAGACGGCAGCUCUGAGGGCAGUUGGAAACAUUGUGACGGGGACAGAUGAGCAGACACAGGUGGUUCUCAACUGUGAUGUCCUGUCACACUUCCCCAACCUGCUUACACAUCCUAAAGAAAAGAUAAACAAGGAAGCAGUCUGGUUCCUGUCCAACAUUACAGCUGGGAACCAACAGCAAGUCCAGGCUGUGAUUGAUGCUGGGCUGAUUCCUAUGAUCAUUCACCAACUGGCUAAGGGUGAUUUUGGCACUCAGAAGGAGGCAGCAUGGGCCAUCAGCAACCUCACCAUCAGUGGGAGGAAAGACCAGGUGGAGUUCCUAGUGGAGCAGAAUGUCAUCCCUCCAUUCUGUAACCUGCUGUCAGUGAAGGACUCCCAGGUGGUACAAGUUGUCCUGGAUGGCCUCAAGAAUAUCCUCAUCAUGGCAGGAGAUGAAGCCAGCACUAUUGCUGAGAUCAUAGAGGAGUCUGGAGGUUUGGAGAAGAUAGAAAAUUUGCAGCAGCAUGAGAAUGAGGAUAUCUACAAACUAGCCUUUGAGAUUAUUGAUCAGUACUUUUCAGGAGACGAUAUUGACGAAGAUCCUAGCUUGAUCCCAGACACCACUCAAGGAGGAACCUUCAAUUUUGAUCCAGCUUCCAACAUGCAAACAAAGGAGUUUAAUUUCUAAAAUGUCACAUAGAAAUGAAAGCAGAAGGAUAGAAAAGCCUUCACUGAAAGAUUUAAUUGCCAAAUGUCAAGUUCUCACAAAGACGAAAACACAAGCACAUUUUCAGACACGUGAACACACAUGCAUAUACACGCACUUUUUGACACUUAAGAUUUGUGUGCAUACUUCAGUUAGAAGCCAUCAUAUCACUUAUGGGGAAGAAAUACUGCUGUUUGUUUGUGGUUUAUUUUGUGCUUUCCCUCCCCUGGACUGUCCUCUAGUGUUACUUCACCCAUGCACACUGACAUACUACAAGUGCAUACAUUUAAUACAUUUCACUACACUCUGAUUCCUGAUGGCCAGGGCACACCAAUACCCCUCUCUCACCCAGUUUAAAGAGUUAAUCCCAGAGCUAAGCCAUGAUUAACCACGGACUCCCACUGCCCUCCCAGGAGAGUCCUCGGGCAGGUGGAGGGGCGAAAGGGCUCUAAGGCAACAAGAAGACUCCGUGGCAACUGACUGACGGGACUUCUGACUCAGUGGCGUCACUUUUUUUAAUGUGACCUCUGUUGAAUUAUCAAACUUACUGUUUGUUUAAAAGAAAAUCAUCAAAAUGUGAAGAAAAUGCCAUAAUUUUUUUUUUCCUCUCAAUACAACUGUAAGACCUGCUAACUGCCUGCUUCUGAUUGAGCAAUGCGGCAACAUCUUUAAUUUUAAUGGAUGUGAAUGGAUGCCACGGAAGGAAGCACCUUUGGGCGAAGACACGCAGACUUAAGAGAAGAGGAACACGUCAGCUGUAGCGUUUACCCAACCCCCCCCAAAACAGGACAUCCUUCUGAGCUCAGUCACGUCCUGUGAUUCAGUAAACUGUUUGCUCGGGACUCCCCUGUAAUGUGAAGGGGGGGGGUUAACAAAAAAGAAAAACAAACUUCAAGCUAAAAUCCUUGAUUGUGAUAUGACUUAACUUUAAUUUUAAAUUUCGCUACAAACAAAUUAGUUUCAUGUUUCUGCUUCUUCUAGUUGGAUCUGUGGAGCUUCCUUUGUACGUUUUUUUUCUUUUAUUUUAAGGUUUUCCUCAGUCUUAUGCACACGUCUAAGAGGCAUAAUGAUGUCUGACUUGCAGAUU